AUGAGCAAAAUUCACCAGAUUAUCGCACUUCUAAUUGUUAUCAACGAAGUACAUGGCUUAUUAUUCAGUAUCUUCAGCAGGUGUUGUUACAAGCGAUGCUGUUGCUGCGGUUGCGGUCUCAGAAAUAGUGCUGGUGGUGGCUGCGGUGGAGGUGGUUGUGGUGUAAGUGGUUAUAGUGGUGGGAGUUACAGUGGUACAGGCUGCACUAGUUAUGGUGGCUGUUGUAGUGGUGGUGCUGGUGGUAGUGGUAGAAGUGUUGAUAGCGUUAGUGGUGGUGGUGCUCGUGGUGGUGUUAGUGGUAGCGGUGUUGGUAGUGUUAGUGGUGGCGGUGGUAGUAGCAGUAGUAGUACUGCGGAUCGUUUUAUUGGCUACAGCAGGGAUCGUUUUGGUGGAGUGGACCACAGCAGGGAUCGUUUUGGUGGAGUGGACAACAGCAGGGAUCGUUUUGGUGGUGUGGACUAUAGCAGGAAUCGUCUUGGUGGUACGGGCUAUAAUAGAGAUCGUUUUGGUGGUGGAGGCUGCGGUGGAGAUGGUUGUGGUAGUGAUGGUUACAAUAGUGUACGCUGCGUUGGUGAUUGUGGUGUGGGUAGUUGCUGUAGUGGUCGUGGUGGUAGCGAUAGCUAUACUAGGGAUCAUUUUGGUGAUAGAGACUACAGCAGGCAUCGUUUUGAUGGUGAUGGCUACCGUGAGAAUGGUUUUGGUGGUGGAGGUUGCGGUGGGGGCGGCUUUGGCAGUAGGGGAGAGUGCAGUGGUAGCAGUAGCCCUGGCCUUAGCGGAUGUGGAAAUGAAUACGGCUGUGGCAGCAAAGCAUAUAGCGGAGGAUACAGAUUGAGAAAGCGAUUGAGUGACAUGGAGUCUGAAUCGACAAGUAGUGAGACUGACGACAGUGGCUUUAAUGUUGACAGUUAUGCGAGUGGUACGAGCAGCCAAAGUGGCAAUGGUUAUGCUGAUAAUCAUAGUGAUGCCCGCAACGUGGACGGAUGCGAUAAAGGGAGAUGUAAACCACGCCAUCAUCAUUCUGGAGAUUUGAUGUCACCGCGUCCAGUGAUACCAAUAUUUGGUGUUGGUCUCUAA